AUGUUUAAUUCGUCAUUCCCUGAGCUUCCGCCGCUCCCGUCCUACACCCUGACCCCCCGCCAACCGCUCAUCUCGCCCAUCCCAGAUAAUGCCACCAUCCUCAUCCUGCCCAUUGUCGCCUACUGGGCCCUGUCCAUGGUCUUCCACUGGAUCGACAUCAAUGACUACUUCUCGCAGUACCGACUUCACACCCCCGCCGAGAUCUUAAAGAAGAACCACGUCACACGCUGGGAAGUCGUGCGAGAUGUCAUCCUACAGCAAAUCAUUCAGACCUUAUUUGGCGUCAUUCUCAUCAUUUUCGACCAGCCAGAGUUUGACGGGAAGGAGGAAUACGACGUCGCCGUUUGGGCCUCCCGCAUCCGCAUUGCCCAGCGCGCCAUCCCGCAGAUGAUGACCCUGCUGGGAAUCGACCCUGUUGGGCUAGCAGGCAGAUUAUCAGCUUACCCGAUCCUCGCUGGCGUGGUAUCUGGCGGCCACUACCCGUUCCUGACCCAGAUAGUAACUCUGCCGUCGGGAGAAACGAUGUCGGCUCCAGCCUUCGCCGCCUGGGAGUUGGCUGUCGGCUAUGCCAUCUACUACUACCUCAUCCCUAUGCUCCAAUUCCUAUAUGCCAUCACCUUCGUCGACACCUGGCAGUACUUUCUUCACCGCGCAAUGCACAUGAAUAAAUGGCUGUAUACAACAUUCCACUCCAGGCACCAUAGGCUUUACGUGCCAUACGCCUUUGGUGCCCUUUACAAUCACCCGUUCGAGGGCUUUUUGCUUGACACGGCGGGUACCGGUCUUGCGUUCCUUACCUGUGGUAUGACUACCCGGCAAGGAAUGUGGUUCUUCACUUGUUCCACUCUCAAAACGGUUGACGACCACUGCGGCUACGCCUUUCCCUGGGAUCCGCUGCAACAUAUUACUGCAAAUAAUGCCGCAUAUCAUGAUAUUCAUCACCAGAGUUGGGGUAUCAAGUCAAACUUCAGUCAGCCAUUCUUCACAUUCUGGGACGCCUUGCUCAAUACCCGCUGGAAAGGUGACGUUACACAGAGAUACGCACGCUCUCGUACAGCUGCCCAGAGGAUGGUCGAUGAAGAUAUGGCUAUAAAUUCCCAGGAAGAAGAUUCACAACAACAGCCACUACAGCAAGGAGCCGCCGUCGUGGCUUCUAGGGACGACGACGAUGCGCGCACCCGUUCUCUUCUCAAGCGAAGUGUCCGCAAGACCACCAAUUCCUUCUCUCCGCAGGCAGAUUCUCUCAAGGGCCUCACCCACCGCUUGAGCGGCAGCAUCCAACAUAAAUAA